AUCUUAUAUCUGUGGUGAUCGUCGUCAUUGAAUCGCAUUUUUGUUAACAACAAAUUUCAAAACAUUGAAUUUAGAGAUAAAAAUUGUUUUAGCCGCUGCAUUGAGUUUUAAUUUAUUGUUUACGAUAUAAUACUAUAUUAAAAAUUUAUCAUUAUCAGUUAUGGAAUAUGAUACAAGUCAACCAUCACCUCCAGGCGUGAGGAAUACUGCGUUUCAAUGUAAAAGCGAUGAAUCCAAAAUUAACACUCCUCCAAGAACUUCUUUCUCCAAUAUGCUUCCAACUCCUAAAGGUGUGGAAAAUGCAAAGAAACGCCUGCGAGCAUUUUCUAUUCAAAAAAAGACUCCUAUUACUCCAAUUAUAGCACCCAGGCCUGCUGGGUCCGGCAAUACAAUGGUGUUAAUUGGGAAGCUGAGUGGAGUAAAGCCAACUCUAAAACGCGAAGAAGACCCUGACCCUAAAGUUCCCAAACUUCCUAAACCACCAAAACCUGGUUCAGAAAGAAAGGCUUGGCAAGAUACCUAUUCAGAGUUGCAACGACGGACACAAGCGGAUAUUGAAGAUAUGAAGAGAAAGAUGGAGUUAGUUGAUCUUGGGAUCCCAUUGGGCCUGAUAUGUCCAUCAUCUACUAGUGAUACUGCAAUGCCCACAAAGGCUAUGCCACCCAUUAAGUCUUUUAUAGAUCCAACCAAAGUAGAUGAAUUAAUUCGUGAAGCUAAAAAAGCCAAACUGGAGGGAAAGCCUUUCAAAUUUGACUACAGAAAGUUACUGCCUGACUAUGAUAAUCCAUUUCAAAGAAAAAAAGACGAAAAAGAAGAGAAGGAUAAGAAACACAAUCGGCGGAAAGGUGACUUUAAAGAUAGAAAGGACAAAUACGGUUCAAGGCGCUAUUCGGAUUACAGAAAAGAUAGCAAAAUUAAAGAACGCACCAAAGAUAGAAAACAAAAAGUAGUUUCAAAAAAAGUUGAACUUAAUGCUAAAGAAGAUGUUCACUUUGGUGAUUUUGUAGUUUGUGAUAGUUGGUCACUCGAUAAUGAAGAUACCAAUAUAUCUAGCCCGAAAACAGAUAAAUCUGAUUCUCAGAGUUCAGCACCAGAAAGAAAGAAUUAUAAAGAACCGUCAGAGUUGCUAAGAGCCAGCGCUGCCAAAAAGAAUGAAAUUAUUAAAAGGGUUACAACCGACAAUAGAAUAAAAAUUCAGCCGAUAAUAGACACGUUUAAAUAUGAAACUGACGAUAAUAAUGAAGACGUAUUGAAUAUUUUUGAUGCAGAGACAAAUAUUGAUAAAUUUGCAACAGUACGAUCCACAAAGCUGUCGUUGUAUGAUUCGCCUAACAAAAAAUCCAUAGAUUUAGACGAUACUUCAAGAGAUUUAUCAUUGGAUGAUACGUUUUUAGAAUCGGUGAUAAAUGAAAUCAAGGUUGAGGAGCUAAACGAAGACGAUAGUCAAGAUAAGGGGCUGGUUGAAUACGAAUCACCAAAUAACGAUGAUACACCAAAUACAUCCGUCAGUGAGUCUGUUACACCUGAAAUAGUACAGAAAGAAAAGAAAAACGAGUACUCAGACGGGUAUAGGUCAACUGAAAGUGGCUAUAAAACAAGUGAUACGGUCGAAAGUUUCAAGUCAGGGGUAGAAUUUCGUCUUUCAAUUGAAAAGGAGCUAGACGAUGCGUUGAAUGCAGAUAAAAUGUCGAAGGUCAAUUUAGAUUCUCUUGAAUCAUGGACGUUUGUUUUGAAAAUAUGUCAGCCGUUGUUAUUUCGGCAUGACAAGAACAAGUGCUACAAAGAGACACUAUCAACACCAAAGCUAUGGUAUUCUACAAAUCCAAAAUUAUGUUCUUGUGUGAAAGAAAGGGAUGUCGUUUAUGAAGAACUGGAGAUCAACAAGAUGAACUUAGUUGACCGGGUUUACGGAUGUGAUCAAAUAUCGGAAGUGACAACAUCCAAGUGUCGCAACUGGUAUCCAUCGAGUAAUAAUUGUCUUGUCGAGAGUAAACUGCAACUCUCGAGUGAAUGGGAGGCAGAUGACAGUCAACAGUCACUCGGAAAAGAGAGGAGGUCUCUCACUCCUAAGACAGAAGAGUUGGACCUGGAUAGAGAGUACCAUAGAUUUAUGGAAGCUGUGUGGCCAGAUGUGAUAGAGACCAAAAAGGAAACGUCGGGAAGUACCACACCAGUGCAAGAAAAUAGAAAGAAGAGAAAGGAAGAUAACGAUACGAGGGAAGAAGAAAAGAGAACGAAGAAGAUGAAGUUGAGCAGUGAAGGGUGGAGUCAAGAGUCUGAAGUGGAAGAGGAUGAUAGGAGCAAGAAGAAAAAUGAGAAAGCGAAGAGCAGAAAGAGAAAACACUCCACGUCAAUAUCGUCUUCGUCGGACAGCGAAGAAGAUUCGAAAAAGAAAAAGAAAGCACUUAAAAAGAAGGCAAUGAAAAAGGCGAAAUCCAAAUCGGCUAAGCGUCGGCGCAUAGGUAGAAAACUUUUGAAGAAAUUAAAAGAAAAACAGAAGAAAAGUAAAAAGAAAAUUGAAGACGACUCUGACAGUGAAAAAUCCAAGAAAUCUAAGAAAAGAAAAUCGGAAAAGGAUAAAAAGAAAGACAAAAAGAGGAAAAAGACAAAAAAAGUGAGCAGCAGUAGCAGCAGUAGUUCCUCUUCAGAUAGUGAAAGCGAACGGAAGACGAGCAAGAAGAACAGAGAAAAGAACCGAAAAAGAGGGAAGACUUCAUCGGAAACGCAAAACGAAAUCAUUCAUCAGGUCGACGCGAACAUAUUAAAUAACAUUAAAACUGAAAAAACAACAGACGACGAGGAAUCAAAAUUGAUGGAAUUUUCACCGAGACGACAGAAACCACGAGAAAUCAUCAACGUCAAAGAGUUACAGAACGAUUUCGUUGGGAAUACACAUGUCAAAGAGGAGAUCGAAGAAAAGAUUGAGAAAGUAAGAGAUGAAAAAGAGAAAGAGGCGGAAGAAGUAGAAGAGUCUAAAAGCCCAAUCGUCGAGAGUAAGAAAAGUGAAUGCUGUUUAAAGGAUGACUCGGAUGAUGCAGACACAGAGACCAGUACGGUAGACGAAGUUGGAGAGAAUCAGGAAUCACCAACAGAGAAGGAGCUGAAGCCAAUUGAACCGGUGAAGCCAGACGAGAACUCGCAAUGCUCCUCCCAGGAAUCCGUUUACAGUGCGAAGAACGAAGACUCCAAAUCGACGGACGUCCAGGACUACGAGAAGGACGAGAGCCACCUGCGUCCGUCCUCUCAGAACUCCAACUACACUUUCAAGGACGUCAUAGACGCCAGAGGCUACAAGGAGGAGAAGUUCGAGAGCUACGAACCGGCCGAGUACGACGUCUACGAGCAGAUGGCGAUGGCCUACCAGAGCGACGUGGCCGGUCAGGCCAGAUCCCCGAUCGACACGAGCGUGUCCCGCAUAGAGACCGUGGUGCGCGUGCGCAGCUGCGGAGAGAUCACUUGCGAUUGGAGACCCGGUCGCGACCCCGCCGACCCCUCGCCCCACAGGCCUUCGCGGUGGGGUUUGAAGCCCGGCGAAGUAAACAUAGUGCUGACGGGCGGCGACCCUCAGCCCGUCUACAAGAUCCAGAGCCUUGCCAACAGAAAUGACAACAAUACGCCCAUAAGCUACGACGAAGCCUACAUGGACACGUACGGUGCAUCCGAUCGGCUGCAGUACGGAGACUGUUUUGCCACAGAAAUCAAACCCGCCAAAGGGGAGCCCGUCCAGCCCCAGGAGGACAAACGGAGCACCCUCGACGACAGGAUCAGCCAGGCUCUCAGAGAGACAGUGUUGGGCGAUGUCGCGAAGGAGCUCCCCGGGGAUGAGCGUGGGACCGGUGAAAAGACUGGAACAGGCGAGUCCCGCGUGCCGAGUAAGCGGGUUCGAUUCGCGGACGGGUACACUCCCGGACAGGACUCGGACACGGAGCCUCCCCCCGUCAAGAAGAGACGAGUCCGUCGUUCGGGCUGCGCCUGGCCGUGUCCCUCGACUCACCCAGACCACGUGUCUCUCUGGGACGCCUUGCCGCCGCCUCCGCCGCCCCCGGGGGACCCGCCCCUCAGGAGAGCGAGGCCCAGAGUUCCAGAGGCACUGCUGGGUGUAGGCAUGGGCGGGGGCGUUGGCGUGGGCGUGGGCGGGUUCAUGCCGCCGGAACCUCCGCCCGGACUUAUAGCCCUGCAUUGAAGGAUAUAAAUGACGAUAUUGUAAUUUAUAAGUAUUUUAAGAAAUAAUAUUGUAAAUAAAUGGAUAUUGAUUGUU